UCGUCGUCGCUGGACCCCCGAAUCGCCUGAACGCCAUGCCCACCUUGCGGGACAAACUCGCCGAUUUCCUGCGUCAGUUGUCGUCGGGCACGGAGCGAGCCAGCGAAACGGCCAAGCCCGACUGCCCGUCGCCUACGAGCGCCACAUUCAUCCAACGUUAUCUCAAUGGAGAGGGACUGCCCCAGCAGCCGGAGAUUGUGCACGCCAAGUCAUGCUACGACCUGCCCGUGCGGGAGGUGGCGCCGCUGUCGAGGCGCGUGGUGUCCGCGUACACGGGCCCCUCAGGAGGCCUCACGCAGGUGAACCAGAGCCCAGGCCGGCCGCUCACCUUUGCCGACCAAGUGGACUUCAUAGACGACGACUCGCUCUGUGGCAGCAACGAGAACCUCGCCGCCAGGUAUGCGGAGCGGGCGGGCAUCCUGCCCAAGGCAAAGGUCCCCGAAAGUCUUCCGCAGGAAACGGAAGGUCCCAGACUGGCCGAAACAGCAGGUAGUUCAGAGGAAGCGGAGACUGCGCCAGAGGAAAUAGCAGGCAUCUGCAACUGGAACCAGCCAACCGAGUUUGCACACGGCAUCGCGACCACGCUCUAUGAGUGCCAUCCCGUGACCAAAGAGAAUGCAGGAGAACCCAUCGCAGACGCGUUUGCCAUCUGCGUGCGGGAGAACAGCGCCGUGAUGGCGUUGGCAGACGGAGUGAACUGGGGCGACAAGUCGUGCCUCGCCGCGCGCUGCGCCGUGCACGGCUGCGUCGACUACCUCAACCGAGCGCUCUACCGGGAGGGCGGCACGCUCGACACAACACUGGAGGUGUUUGUGUGCCUGCUGCGGUCCUUCCAGGCCGCGCACAGCCUCAUCCUGCAGGAGCAGGGCAUGUUGACGACCCUGUGCGCGGCUGUCGCCUGCCAGCUGCGGGACUCGGACCAGUACGUGGUGUGUGUCUGCAACGUCGGCGACAGCCUGGCCUACGUCUACAACCAGCAGCACGGCGUGCGCGAGAUCACCCUCGGAUCGCACGACAUCCACUCGAUGCGGGACAUGCGGGACGCCCUGGGGGCCCUCGGACCAGUGGACGGCCAGAACCCGGAGCUGAACAACCUGACCGUCUCGAUGACGGUCGCCCAGCGGGGGGACAUCCUUUUCCUCACCUCGGACGGCAUCUCGGACAACUUCGACCCCGUCGUCGGAAAGUUUGCCGUCGCCAGACGUGGCCGCAAGGAGGGCACCGCACCACAGCCCGCUCUCCCCGAAGUCGAAGCACACCAGCGGCACGCCCUCACGCUGCUCCGCAUGCAAGACCUCCUCCAGCAGGGCCUGUACCAAGGGGACGGACCGGUCCGAUCCGCGGAAGAGCUCUGCGACCGGAUGGUGGACUUCGCGACAAAGCUGACGGCGGCGAAGCGUCGGAUCCUGGAGGACCCUGACCUGUACUCGGACGGGUCGCAGGGGGAGGAGGCGCGGAAGCGCAGGCACCGCGCUGGACCGCGUCUUGCAAUGGUUCCGGGGAAGCUGGACCACGCGUCGCUCGUGGCGUACCAGAUCGGCGGAUCAUCAAAGGGGCACGACAGCUACGACGGCCACGACCGGACCAACCGCAACAUUCCGGCAGAGGAGCCGUCGUGUCCGGACAACUACCCGUUCGAGACGACCAUCUGAGGCAAAGGCAGGAAACGGGCGAGCGACCGUGGUGCCCCGGUGCUCCGACGCGCCGUGACUCACGUGGCCGUGCGGUGCCGUGACGGGACCCUUUCUGUUUUUGGACCGUCUGGGGUUUGCCGGAACUUUUGAUCCAUGGGCGUUUGUUCUACGAUGCGCCGGUUGGCUCACUAUCACCGUCCCCCCAUUUUAUUUUAUUUUUGAGUGGUUUUUACAUUUCCGUGAGAUUGAGCGACGAUUUUUUUGCUGCGACCGCGUUGAGCGAGGAUGGCUGCUGCUUAUUUGCGUUUUCCGCGGUUGCGCCAGAUCUAUUUGAAGGCAUUCCAUAUUGUACAAAAGAGAGAGUGAUGCACUAGUAGCGGAGCCCCUUUCGUUGCCAAACGAGAUGACAACUUGCAUUUUGGUCCGUAGAUGGGAGUAGAUUGCUUGCUCCCUCACACUUUUACUGCCGUGUUUUGCUUUGCGUUACAAAGUAGGCAGCUAUCAGCUUUGUCUUGCAUUCACUAGUGCAGCGCAGACUACUAACUAGAACGGGAACUGCCCGUGAGUCGCCCUACCAAGUUACAUCUGCAACCCUGCAGCUAUUGGUGGUCGGCGGUGACUGCCUCCAUCCCAAGGCUUCGCCGCUGCCGCCAUAAAUGACACAUUCCCUCUCGGCAAAUAAAUACUCUGCAGAUUUUCUUCUUCAUCA